CGUUUCCAAUGUAGUCGCCGCUGCGUCGCCUGCCUGUUCUGCGUGGUUUCUCCUCCUCUCCCCUUCCACCUCCUCCUCCUCUUCCUCUUAUUUCUCACCGCAUCCCCUCUACCACCUGCCACAGCAGCGACGCAGCGAUGGAGGGCUGCUGCAAAUUAUUAUAAGCUCACAGAAGAACCAGCACCAACAGAGAAAAGAGAAAGACACGCAGAGGAAAAGAUAGAUAAAGAAGGAAAGAGACAGAUAGAUAGAGAGAGACGGAUAGACAGAGAGAGAGAGAGUGUGAAGCGGAAACACAGAAACAUAUGGUUUGUCUGAAGAGGACUGCUGAACCGGACUGAAACUUAUUAAAUUACCGUCAUCAACUAAAACGCACACUUAAUUCGUUUAUUUCAUUUUUUGACACGUGUUUGCCUCAUUUUUGCGCGCUCUCACCUGUGCGUUCACCUCUGUUUGAUUAGUUUGUGCGGGGCGGAUUGCGGUUGUUGUGCCUCCCUGAGCACAGACACACACGCACACAAGCAAACACACACACAUAGAUCAUCACAAGACGCGGUGCAGCCUAUAAAAGCUUCUUGCAAGGAGGAAAUUGAAUUACAGAAGUUAUUCCCACAGAAGAGGAGGACAACUGGCUCUCGGCUUUUCCAUUCGCUUUCGCUGGCUCACCGUGUCUCCUCCGGGCCCAGCAGGAGUCUCUUGGACCCCCCCCCCCCCCCACUCCCCUAACCCCCUCUCUCCCUCUCCUCGUCCCCCCCCCCACCCGCCGGUAACGAGCCAUGUCUGGACACACUGUGACCAUCCCGGACGACCGGGCGUUCGCCAGCUUCAAGGCGGAGUGUCUGUGCGAGGAGGGCUGGAGUAUGAACUACAGCAAGGGGGGCAUCACGGUGUGGACCCAGGGUCUGGAGGCGGGGAAGUCCGUCCACAAAAUUAAGUGUCGUAUGGUGUGUAAGGACGUCUCAGCUGAGACCAUGUAUGACGUUCUCCAUGACAUUGAAUACAGAAGGAAAUGGGACACAAACGUCAUUGAGACCUUUGAUAUCGGGAAACUUACAGUCAACGCGGACGUCGGUUACUACUCAUGGAAGUGUCCAAAUCCUCUUCGGAACCGCGAUGUCAUCACGCUUCGCUCCUGGCUGCCAAUAGGGAAAGAUUACAUCAUCAUGAACUAUUCAGUCAAACAUGCCAAAUACCCUCCUAAAAAGGACAUGGUGCGAGCUGUGUCCAUUCAGACUGGCUACAUGAUCCAGAGCCAGGGACCCAACCACUGUACCCUCACUUACAUGGCCCAGGUAGAUCCAAGAGGUUCAUUACCCAAGUGGGUUGUCAACAAGUCUUCCCACUUCCUCGCUCCUCGCGCAAUGAAGAAGAUCAACAAAGCCUGUGUGAAGUAUUCAGAGUGGAAGCAGAGACACAACCCCGGAUUCAAGCCCUGGCUCUACCCCGAACAGACUACAUUACCCAGCAUCCCACUCUCUGAGCUCAGCAUCCAGCAUGCUGAGAGCCUGGAGAAUAUUGAUGAGAGCUCCCUGGCCGAGACCCAGGAGAGAGAAGACAGCGACUAACACACACACAACACGACAACACAACACACAACACACAUAUUCAUGCACACACACACACACACACACACACACAUACAGUAAUGCAGGGAUACAUGCAUGCCUGAUACACAUCCAUAAUGACACAAAUGUGCCAUGUAUGUGAUUCAGUAUGUAACUGUAUAUGUGCUUAUACUUGCAUAUGUGUGCGUAUAUAUAUAUAUAUAUAUAUAUAUAUAUACAUAUAUAUAUAUAUAUAUACUCUACAUGCAAGUGCAUAUGCAGUCAUAAUAACAGUCACAUGCAUGUAAGCAUUCAUGCAUACAGACAAACUCAUUCUCGACCAACUCAAGUCUCUUACUCGCAUACAUAAUGUAUGAACACGUACAUACAAUAUACAAACGUCUGCAACAUAGAUGCACUCACAGACACACACCCACCCACUCACAAGGGGCUGCAAGACUACGUAUUUUUACAUGUCAGUAAACUCAUCACAGUCAAAAACAUGGCUGUGAAUGUGAUUUUUCAUGCCUGUUAAAGGAUAUAUCAGCGUUUUCUAAUCGGGGGGGCUAUGCAGAUUAUUAUAGCAAAAAUAUAUUUUCAGUAACAUUAAUGUUUAAAUGUUUACAUAUUAACUUGAUGUAGACACUGGACAGUGCACACCCUUUCAUUCAAACUUAGGCCAAAACAAUGGAUAUCAGAAUUACACAAACUUCCUUUAACUCACACUUGUUUCAGUAGUCUAAAUAGUGGGAAAACUUCUGAGUGCAACCCCUAAUGAUCACAAUGCGUACAAAAUUUGUAUGUAAAAAUUAAUAUACUAUACAUACCUGUAUACACAUGCAGAGUUCACAUUUAAGACUGCAUUUAUGCACCCAGACAUGCAUACACACUCCCAGUUUAUGUCUCUCUCCCCUUGUUGUCUCUCUGUCACUCGUUAUGUGUCUUUAUCACAUUUUGUAAGCACAUGAUAAAUAUGCAGGUGUGCAGAAGGCAGCUGUAACUCCCAACCAAACCCCAACACAUGUACACACACACAAUAACACACACACAAACACACACAGAUUUUACACUCACACGUUCUGUCUGCUGAGAUGUAUGAAUGUAUGUAGAGUUUAAAAAUUAAAUACAGAUUCCUACAGAGGUUUUCAAAUUUCA